AUGGAUUUCCUUCCAGAAAACAUUCAAACACUUCUCCAACACCCAACUGUGUCUUUCCUUCGUACCACAACCCAGAGCCAGGUAACAACACAGCUUGCCAACUUGCGCUCCGCCUAUGUCCAGCCCUACAUCGUUGAACCGCUCUCGAGCUUCCUCACCUCCACAAGCACCGCCGCAAUGCCUGAUCUUCUCUCCGUAUUCUUGCUAGUGGUCAUCUUUUUCAUCUCGCUCAAGAUCCUCGACUAUGCGCGCAGGCUUGUUAUGUUUUGGGUGAUGUUGGCUUUCCGAUUAGCCUUCUGGGGCUCUCUGAUUGGGCUCGGCUUCUAUGUUUAUCAGGUUGGCGUGGAAAAUGCAGGGAGGGAUCUGGGUUGGCUGUUUGGUGUCGCAAUGGGGUUUGUGGAGGAUUUCCAGAAGGGUGGGAGUACUUCUGGGGGCUGGGUGUCCAGGUCAGGCCCAGGCUCGGAAUCGGGGAAACGAGGGGCUCGUGGGGCCUGGAGGUAA